AUGCACACCUAUUACUCUCAAUACCUACCUACCUACACAGAACCACGAGAGAAGCGCGCACCUCGCAAUGGGGGCCUAAACGCCUUUGUAGAAAAGAAACACACUCUGGAACAACGGCAAGGUCUCCUGUCCAACGCUAACAAAGACAACACGAACAAGCUCGCAUCAGCAGGCGCCGGUUCUCUGUUUGGCAGGUUAGCUGGUGACGGUAAUGCUAAAAAUAGAACAGCCAAUCAGAAGCCGCCACCGCGGGAGGUGCCUCUGGAAGAGCGGCAGGGCAAACUGGAAACCACCGACAAAGCGAAGGCCAAAGAGCUAGAAUCCGGGGCCGCCACUAGGGCCUUGUUUGGCAGGCUGGCGGGUGAGCGGUCCGACAAUACGACAAACGCUGCGGGUACGGGUGGUGGGGGUGACUCCUGGGGCGGGGGAUGGGGGGGCUGGGCCACGAGUGCGUGGUCGCAGGCAAGCUCGGUCGUGUCGGAUGCGGCGACGGCGAUACUCUUGGAUGGCCCAGUGUCUGAUAAUAGGACAGGCACGACCGACAAAGCAGGGACAGCAGAGGUGCAGAUGGAUCCGAAUGCGAAGCAGCAGGGCAAUGUGGGUGGUACGGCACACAGGCGAGACGAGGGUGUGACUGAGGAUGGGGGUGACGGUGAUGAGCUACACGCACGGGGAUCAAGGAAACAAGGGGCUG